AUGGACGAGUUCGAUGGGCUCUCGCUGAAGGGAGGGGCCCAGGCCGAUGGCAACACGCCACUCCUGAGCCCGAUUGAGCUUGCACCCGUCUCUGAAGACGACCGGCCCAGACGCCGACGUCGGCGCGAGUUCACAGACGGGCCGGAUACCCCACAGACACCGAAUCAGGAGCCAAGCCGUCCAUCGGUUUCCUGGUCAGUGCUGCCAGCCGAGGCAUGGCAGCAGAUCGCCGAUCUCUUGCCAGACCAGGAACUGGUUAGAAGCGCCAGCACGACAAGAUGUCUGGUUGAGAUCCUGGAGAGCACUGAACUCUGGGUCCGACGGGCCGACGCAGAAUUUGCUUCCCUUCCUUUUUCGGAGUUGGAGCGCGAAGAGAUGAAAAGGGAGGUGCGACUGGAAGGCCGCCAUGGCUAUGUCAGCCGCAGGGUGCUCUUCAAGGGCCUCCGGGUGGCGCUGCUCAUGGGAAAGACGGACAUGGGCCCUUUGGCCCACCUAGCCCGCUGGUGCGGUGCCAAAGUGCAGCAGAGUGGGCAGGGUGCAGACAUUCUUCUGGUAGGUCCUGGCGGCGGCAGCUGCGCAGCAUUCGCCACAGCCCGGCAUUCCCACAAGCUUUACCGGGGCGCCUGGUUGCGCGCCAGCUGCGUCGCGGGCCGGCAGCUUCCGAGACAUCGGAUUGGCUGUGCCUCCAUCGGUGCCUCCUUCAGUUCUUUCCGCUCCUGCAUUGCUGGCUGCCUGGGGAGCAGCAACGAGACUCCAGGGGCCUUCGGUUGCUAUGCACCUCGACUUAUGGAGGGCCUGCUACUGAGCACCAGCCGUUUGCGCACACGCUCCAAAGAGGCCGUGGUUAUGACAGCUCAGCUACUGGGUGCACAGUGCACGGAUGAGCUCACGAAAGCCCAUACUCAUCUCAUCGCUGGUGCCAGCCAGGGUGAAAAGUAUGAGUUCGCAAAGCAGCACCGGAUUCCGAUUGUUUCUGUGGCAUGGGUGGACAACACGCCACCCGGUUUGAGCAAACAGACGGCUCCGCCUUGGCAUGCCAAUGAAGGAGCGGUGUUUUCCGGUGAGCGGCUUCCGGAUGCCGUGGCCGUGCUGGAAACUGCAGUGCCAAGUUUCCUGGACAAGGUCCAAUGGCCUGGACUCCGCGUCGGUCACCUGAAAUCGGAUGCGCGAGGAUCCGUGGAUAUUGUCUUGAGUGACGAGCUUCUACUGAUGGCCGGUGCGCGGGCAGAGGCUGUUGCGGGAAAGAUGUCUGCGCUUGAUUGGAUCCAGCUAGACCGCAAGAUCGCGAGCUCACACCAGCAUAAAAUGGUGCAGUUCACGUCCGCAUGCGCUUGUGUCCUUGACAUUAACUUCACAGUAGGGAAGGCACACUUGGUGAAGUACGGCUGGUAUGUCGAUUCCCAGCUGAUGAUGGAGCAGUGCCUGUGGCUUUCUGGCGCAGGCACGGCUCUUGCUGGGAAGUUGGUGAAAGACAGGAUAUGGGGACAGUUGCAUGUGUGGAUCUUGGUGGAAGCUGUCGAAUGUUUGGCCAAGUGCGAUAGGCACAAGUGUUGCGAUCACAGACAGCACGGUCUCCCUUUGGAGCUGCAGGAGUUUCAGAAGCAGAUUUCUUUCUUCUCCGAGCUGGGCUACCGGUGCGUGGCCGCCGAGCUGCCCAUGACUGAGCACGGAUACUCUGUGGAUGCCAAUGAGCCGCAAGCCCUGAACCAGAAGCAUUGGGAUUCCCUUCCGCCUUCCGGCAAAAAGCACGAUCUCGAACCGGGAGCUGGAGCUGAGGGUGAGAAUCGCUCGCUCGUCUUGCUCGGACAUGAUUGGGGGGCAUGGCUCACGUACAUGGCCCAGAGGCAAGACCCCCACCUGUUCGAUGCCAUCGUGCCAAUGGACAUUGCUCCGGGCUAUGGCGAACUCCCGUUCUCCGUCAAGUGGCGCGUGGUCGCCUACCAGCAGUUUGCCCUAGCGUGCUUCCUGCUCGGGAAGCUGCCACUCAUGCAGGACUCGGCCAACAAGCUGCUGCGGCACUUCAUGAAGCAGCUUCGCUUCUCCAUGUGCCAUUCUGUUUACACAGUUCAUUUGAGUUCUCGGUUGUAG